AGCAAAGAGAACAUUGUAGAACAUGGAACAUGGAAUACCUCUUCAAGAUACCUCUUUUUCAUGCAGUUUCCUACGACUUUACCAUUAUUUUGAUUUAAUUUUAUGUGCGUGCAGAUAUUUGCGUUCCAACAGAGUUUUGUAAAUUCCUAUUAAGUUAUUGGAUUGUGGUUUUCAUAGUUUUCUCACACCUAAUCAUAAUGUUGUGUCCUAGAGGUGUUACAAAGACAAUUGUACUAAAAUCACCAGACUCAGACAGAGUUAGGGAAGUUAUUGUCACAUCCGUGUUGUUGCCAAAAUCGGAAAACGAAAACAACAGGACAUUUGUGAAAUCAGAAAGUAAUUGUGGUGACCUAGGCUCAGUUAUGGAGAAGAGGACCUGUAAGAGAAGAUUGGAUCAUCUCACACUGGAAGAAAAAAUCCUGAGGAAGAAACUUAAAAAUAGAGAAGCAGCUCAAACAUCCAGGGAUAGGAAAAAAGCUCGUCUAGAGGAGCUUGAAACCACAGUCGUCCAGCUUCAAAAUGAGAAUGAGUCACUACAUGAAGAAGUACGCAGCCUCAAGGAUGAGCGAGAAACUUUGUUGAGAGAAAACGCUCGUCUCACGGAAGAGGUCUGGAGAUUGAGUGUUGGAGGUCCGGGCCCCGCAGGACCCGCAGUGUCCCCCCCUCUGCCGCAGGGAGCGCCCCCGCCUCACCGCUCAACUUCAGCCCUCCCCCCACCACCAGCCCCGCUACUAGCGACCCUACUGACAACCCUGUUGGUGACAGUGUUAGCAGCGUCCUCGACGACAACUGGGACUGGCUCGACGAGGUUCCUCUCCAUACUCCAGCUGUUGAAGAGCUUGAGCAACUCGCCAACUCUCUGUUUGCUGAAGCUAACAAAGCACAAGAAUCAAAACCAUCGCAAGAAAGCAUGGUGGGGCAGACGACAGAGAGCAUGGAACCCUGUUGGGCUUCGUUUUUGAACACAGACCUUGACACUAACAUGGAAGACAAAGCGACACACUUUACUGACUCGCUUGAGAAGAU